AUGACUCUUGAAUCUUGGCAAAUACUGGUUCAGCAAAAGCAAGCCGAGGCAGCUGCUAAUAUUCCAAAUGCUUGGCGUCUCCCUUGUGAGUAUACCGUCAACAUCUCAGAGACGGCUGAUACCAAUGUGCUCGACAUACCACGUCGCUGUGGUAUCCUGUCUCCGAAGCAGAUAGAGAUCACCGAGAAAUAUGAUGCCACUGCUCUCUUGGAGCAAAUUCACAACCAGAAUCUCUCGUCUUACGAGGUCACCGAGGCUUUCUGUAUUCGCGCAGCGAUUGCGCAGCAGGUGACGUACUGUCUCACUGAGACGUUUUUUGAUCGAGCUCUUCAGCGUGCCAAGGAGCUGGAUCAGCAUCUGCAGAGCACUGGCAAGCCAAUUGGACCGCUGCAUGGUUUGCCAAUCAGCUUGAAGGACUGUUUUAAUGUCGAAGGUGUUCCUUCGACGAUCGGGUUCACAGCAUUUAUUGAAAAUGGGCCUUUGAAGUACAGCUCGCCUACUGUCCAAAUCCUGACAAGGCUCGGAGCUAUUAUGUACGUGAAAACAAAUAUCCCGCAAACUAUGAUGGCUGCCGACUCCCACAACUACGUCUUCGGUCGGACUCUUAAUCCCCAUCGCCUGAACUUGACAGCCGGUGGUUCCUCUGGCGGAGAAGGCGCUUUGAUUGCAAUGCGAGGCUCAGUACUGGGAAUCGGCACUGACAUCGCUGGCUCAAUCCGAAUCCCCGCUAUUUGCAACGGUACGUUCGCACUGAAGCCUUCUGCCGAUCGCAUUCCAUAUGCUGGACAGACAGGAAGUGGGCGAGGCGGUCUACCAGGAAUCCGAGCCUGUGCUGGUCCAUUGGCGACCUCAGCUCGGGAUUUAGAGCUGCUUAUGCGGGUCGUGACUAACGAAGACACUUGGGAGGUCGACUCGACCGCGAUCUUCGCACCCUGGCGUACUGUGGCACCCAAAUCGACGCUUCGUCUCGGCUUGAUUGAAGAGGAUCCCGAUUUCCCUCUUCACCCGCCUGUUCUUCGGACUUUGACCCAAGCGGCUGAGCGUUUACGCCAAGCGGGACAUGAAAUUGUUCCUUUGUCAGUUCCCUCCAUUCGAGAUGCUUGCGUACUGGGGUUCCGUAUGUUCGCCAUGGAUCCUGCCAAAACCGCGUUUCAGAAUAUUGCCAAAAGUGGGGAGCCGACGAUACCGGCACUGGCCUCGACAUCUCUCCCUCAUGAAUACAUGCCAUAUGAGUACGCACCUUUGACUCUGGACGGCCUCUAUGACUUGCAUGCAGAGCGAAGUAGUCUCAAAGAGCAAUAUCGCGCUUUGAUUUCCAAGGCAAAUGUCGACGCAAUUAUAAUGCCAGGUAAUGCAGGAACUGCUCAACCUCACGAUCUUUAUGGUUUCCCUCUGUAUACAGCUUUGCUGAACGUGCUGGAUUAUCCCGCUACGAUCAUCCCAUUUGGCAAAGCAGAUCAGACGGCCGAUGCAGCUUUUGCUCGAGAAGUCCAGUAUAAGCCACCUUUCUCACCCGAGUUGUUUGAAGGUGCUCCUUGCUGUAUCCAAGUUGUUGGGAAACACAUGCGCGAGGAGGAACUCGUGCAGGCUACCCAGACAAUCGCAAGUGUUCUUGAGGCCUGA